AUGGCGGGUCACCCGUUGUUCCGCACUGUGCUGCUGAACUCGGAGCGUCUGGGGUCGGUGUCCCUCACGGAGCUUGGACAGGAAGCAGCAGCUGCUCUGAAAGCGGCCGGGCAAACUGUGAGUGUCUUCGAGAGCACCACUGCAGGUCUUGUCCAGGCAUCUCUACAAUCCCAGCCAGGAGCCUCGUCUUUCACAACUUGUGGAGCGGUCAGCUACAGCAAACAAAAGGCUCAUGCUGUCCUGGGCGGAGAGGUCCUGUUGCCCUCCGCAAAGCCGGAGAACGGCGAGGGCUACAAGGAUUCAAAGCGUACUUGGACAGAGACGCUUGCUCGGCUGAAGCGCAAGGAGGUUGGCUCCACUUGGUGCCUGUGUGAGAGUGGCGCUUGUGGGCCUACCUUCACCUUCCCAGAGAUCACCACAGGAUUCACUGCGAUCUUUGUGUCCGGCCCCAUUGAGCGUGGAGUCUUCCUUGAGUCGGGCCACAAUGACAGAGAAGCCAACAUGUGGAGCUACACGAAAGCGGCCCUGCAACUGCUGGCGGAUUGUGUCAAAGAUGCACAGGCCCAGCAGGCCCAGCAGGCCCAGGAAAUGCCCAAGGCGCCAUUGCUGACAGCCAAAGAGGACCGCUAUGGUGGCGUUGAGGCGGUGGCUGAAGUUGGUCCAGUGGGGGCGUUUGAUGCGGAACUCCGGCAAGGCCUGCAAGGAUGGAAGUCUGCAGGAAAGAAAGGCAUUUGGCUGAAGAUCCCACUUCCGGCUGCUGCUUGCGUUGGUUCUGCAGUAGCACAAGGUUUCCGUUUUCAUCAUGCCCAAGAGGACUAUGUGAUGAUGACGCAGUGGCUUCCGGAUUCUCCAAGUCCUUUGCCAAGGUACGCCUUUACCCAGGUUGGUGUGGGCGGCAUUGUUGUGAACAGCAAGGAUGAGAUCUUGUUGGUUCAAGAGCGAGUCUCCCCGGCGGAAACGGUUCUGAGAGAGGUGCAGGAGGAAACGGGCAUCAAAGGCGAACUGGAUGGAGUCGUCAGCCUGCGCCACUCGCACAACUUUCGCUUCGGACAGGAUGAUAUCUUCGUCUCAGUGAAAGUCAAGGCUACAACUGAGUCGAUCUGUAUCGAUCCGAACGAGUUGAGGGAUGCGCGAUGGAUGAGUGAGGCUGAGAUCAAAGAGCUUCUUGCAGACUCCACUGCGUCAUCGCUGGAUGGCAAGGUGCCAUCAAACCAGUGGAAGGUCAUCGAGAAAGCCCUCCACGGCUCAAUGAUUGAAGGAACUGCUCUGCCAAACUCAAGAGGUGGGAAAAUGUCCAUGCUGUACACGGGGCCUGCACUGAAAUAA